GCGCUCUCACCGCCGCGGCCCGGGUUCGAUUCCCGGUCAGGGAACUCAUCUUUUUCUCGCUUAUACAUCCCAUGCAGUUAUUUCAUGUGUCUAUCUUAAAAAUAAAGGAGCUCCACAUAUGCAUAUUUUAAUUAUUAGCAGGUAAAUGAAGUCUCUAUUUCUCUAAAGGUCACAUAACCAAAUUCAGGAAGAAUAUACAAAGCAUGCCAACACACCCACGCACUGCACACGCACUUCACACUGUACACACACUCUCUACACUCAGCACAGAACUCAGCAGAGCUCAGAACACAUCAUACCUCCACCACUCCCACAGGUGUCCAGGUGAAGUUAAAUGGAGGGAUUUCAUGUGGCAAUCCGAACCUCACCAGGGCUUCUGUCAGGAACAUACAACACUCUUUGGAUUUCACUGGUUGGUUCUCAGUGUGACUGUCCUCCAGUUAAAGUUCUUCCAGAUGGACAAUGUCUCAUGCCUGACUCGACCUGCACUUUUGUGGUCAAGCCUGAAAGGAAGAUUGGCACGGUGGUCCUGGUCUGCUUGCGUCUUGAGGCUCGGCCUGGCUUUCCUGAUCAGAGCUGGCACUGUCUGGAUGUGCAGCUGAAACAGAGAGACGAAGCUGCAGAGGUUGAACGCUUCCCUUGCAACAAGUGGAUCACCACUGCAGAUGGUGAUGUUGAGCUCCGCAGUGACAGAGUGUGCCUUGUGACUUGGGAAAAACUGCAGACAUUGAGAGAGCACAGGGCCAGGGACCUGCAGAAGAGACAACAACAAAUCAGAUGGGGCACUUUUGCUGAAGGUAGCCUUCGAUGUAUAGACAUGACUAGUGUACAGUCCCUUGGUCCCAAUUUGAGCUUCACUCGACAAAGCCCAGGCAUCAACUUGAACUAUGUUAGGGGAUUCGCCAACAGAACAGAACCCUGGAGCAGCCUGGAGGAACUGGAGAUUGUGUUCAUCCACAAUGGAAAGGAUAAUGCCAUAGCUAAAUAUGUUCGGGCUCACUGGAAAGAUGACACCUUUUUUGGUUAUCAGUGUCUGAAUGGAUGUAAUCCUCUACAGAUCAGAAAAAUCCACCACCUUCCACCUAACCUACAGCUUACAUCUGAGAUGCUGAGGGAUUUUCUUCCUGUGGGCUCUUCUCUGGAGCAAGAAAUGGAGAGAGGAGCUAUAUUUCUCCUGGACUACGGGAUACUUGAUCAGCUACCUGCUAAUAUUCUCAAUGGAAAACAAACAUACCUUGCAGCUCCACUGUGCCUCCUGCACUACAACCAGUAUGGAGAGAUGAAGCCCAUUGCCAUCCAACUCCAGAAGAAUGCUGGUCCUCAAAACCCUGUGUUCCUGCCAUCUGACUCUGAACCUGACUGGCUGUUGGCAAAGAUGUGGGUCAAAAAUGCAGAUUUCCAGGUUCACCAGCUGCUUUCCCACCUACUUCGUACUCACCUGUUAGGAGAAGUGUGCUGCAUUGCCACUCUCAGGAGGUUGCCAGAAAUUCACCCUCUGCACCAGCUUCUGAUGCCUCAUAUAAAGACCUGUCUCCAGAUUAAUAUUCAGGCUCGAGGCUCUCUUCUGAGCACUAAUGGUGUUUUUGACAAGGCCAUAGGCUGUGGCCUGAAUGCAGCAGCUCUUCUGCUUGCUCGCGGCACCGAACAACUGCGCUACUCUUCAAUGUGUGUCCCUGACGACCUGAGAGAGAGAGGUCUAGACACGCUGACCAACUGUUACUAUGCACAAGAUGCUCUGAGGGUGUGGAAUGCUCUUCACAGGUUUGUGGGAAGCUGGGUGGAUCUCUAUUAUAGCAAUGACCAGGAGGUCCAACAGGACUGGGAGCUACAGAGUUGGAUUCAAGAGAUUUUCACAGAAGGAUUCCUCAGCCUUGCUCAAACAGGUUUCCCACAGUCAUUUCAAACCACAGCAGAGCUGAGCACGUUUCUUACCAUGGUGAUCUUCUCCAGCUCUGCACUGCAUGCAGCUGUCAACUUUUCUCAGGUGGACUUCAACCUUUGGAUGCCAAACUGCCCAGCAGCCAUGUUGCGGCCCCCUCCUCAGGUAAAAGGAUCGGUAACUGAGGAGGAGCUCCUGUCUUUUCUCCCGGAUGUUAACUCCACCUGCAGCGUGCUCACAAUUCUACUGAUGCUCUCACAGCCUGCUGCUGACUAUGUUGCCUUGUGCCAUUACCGGGAGCAGUACUUCAGCAGCGGUGCUCCUUGCAGGCUUGUGGAGGCAGUACUCAAAGAGCUAAAGGAUAUAUCUGAAGACAUCACCAAGAGGAACAGCAAAAUGGACAUUCCUUACCCUUACCUCUCCCCUGAUAACAUCGAAAACAGUGUGGCUAUCUGAAUACAGCACUUUACAAACCUUCAUGCUUUUGUUAAAUAAUACAGUAACAGUAAUAGUAAGAUGCUCAGAUUUCUUUUAUCAUUUUUCUCAAGGGUGAUUAACUUCAUAUCUUUCAAGUUUUGGUAAAACGUAAAUGUUAAGUCAGUGAGUAGUUAUCCAACCACAUAGUUAGGUUACAAAUUUGUGAACCUGCUUUUGAAUCAAAUUAAUAUUGUGUAAAUUUGACAACAAUCUAACAAUACAUAAAACAAAAAUAAAAUGAGUAAAAACGGA